CUCGUAUACCUUUCGGGCAACUUUACAGCCUAUUAGCCUAUUGUUGAUGAAACCUGUGGAAGCUACGCAUUCAUCCUUGUAUGUUCUUCACCAUUCUUAUUGAUCAAAAGCAGAGAAACAAAUUGGAGAAGCUGCGAGGCUGCGAUGGCGGUUUCAAUGAGAGAUUUGGAUCCAGCUUUCCAAGGGGCUGGACAGAAGUCUGGGAUUGAGAUAUGGCGCAUUGAAAAUUUUCGUCCUGUCCCCGUUUCAAAGUCAUAUUACGGAAAAUUUUAUACAGGAGACUCUUAUGUUAUUCUGAAGACCACUGCCUUGAAAAGUGGUGCCUUACGACAUGAUAUUCACUACUGGCUUGGUAAAGAUACAAGUCAGGAUGAAGCUGGUGCAGCAGCUAUUAAGACUGUUGAAUUAGAUGCAGCCCUUGGAGGACGUGCUGUACAAUAUCGUGAAGUACAAGGCCAUGAAACUGAGAAGUUUCUUUCUUAUUUUAAGCCAUGUAUAAUACCCCAAGAAGGUGGAGUUGCAUCAGGGUUCAAGCAUGCUGAAUUAGAAGAGCACAAGACUCGCCUAUAUGUAUGCAAAGGGAAACAUGUAGUCUACGUGAAAGAGGUCUCUUUUGCACGUUCCUCACUAAACCAUGAUGACAUUUUUAUUCUUGAUACCAAGUCCAAAAUAUUUCAAUUCAAUGGAGCCAAUUCAUGUAUUCAAGAGAGGGCUAAAGCACUUGAAGUUGUACAGUACAUUAAAGAUACUUACCAUGAUGGAACGUGCGAGGUGACUGCAAUUGAGGAUGGAAAAUUGAUGGCCGAUGCUGACACAGGAGAAUUCUGGGGGUUGUUUGGUGGCUUUGCUCCGCUUCCAAGGAAAAGCACCACUGAUGGUACUAAAAGUCCAGAUGCUCCAUCCACCAGACUAUAUAGAGUUGAGAAAGGGCAUAGAGUGCCAGUUGAGGCUGCUUCCUUGGCUAAGGAGUUGCUGGAUACAAAUAGAUGCUACAUUCUUGACACAGGAUCUGAAGUCUUUGUGUGGAUGGGAAGAAAUACUUCUCUUGAUGAAAGAAAAUCUGCGAGUGGAGCUACAGAUGAAUUAUUAAGCCCUGAAAGAACAAAAUGUCACGUUAUUCGUGUCAUAGAAGGAUUUGAAACAGUGACGUUUCGUUCAAAGUUCGACAAUUGGCCCCACUUAACUGAUGUUUCUGUGUCAGAGGAUGGUAGAGGCAAGGUUGCUGCACUUUUAAAGCGUCAGGGGGUUAAUGUCAAGGGUCUAAUGAAAGCUGCUCCUCCAAAGGAAGAACCUCAACCUUAUAUAGAUUGCACAGGAAACUUACAGGUUUGGCGCGUGAAUGCUCAGCAGAAGAUGCUUCUUGAAGCACAUAGUCAGUCAAAAUUCUACAGUGGGGACUGCUAUAUAUUUCAAUAUUCUUUUAUGGGUGAAGAUAAAGAGGAAUAUCUUAUAGGGACAUGGUUUGGAAAACAAAGUGUCAAGGAAGAUCAAGUCUCAGCAACUUCACAAGCUAGUAAGAUGGUGGAGUCCCUGAAGUUCUUGGCCACACAGGCUCGCAUUUAUGAAGGAUACGAACCAAUCCAGUUCUUUGCGAUCUUCCAAAGUUUUAUUGUUUUCAAGGGUGGACACAGUGAUGGAUACAAAAAGUUCUUGGCUGAAAAAGAACUUCCUGAUGACACAUAUAGCGAGGAUGGAGUUGCUUUGUUUCGAGUACAAGGUACUGGACCUGAUAACAUGCAAGCCAUCCAAGUUGAACCGGUUGCAUCUUCAUUGAACUCCUCCUACUGUUAUAUACUACAAAAGGGAUCUUCUAUCUUUACUUGGUGUGGAAAUCUCACCAGCUCUGAGGAUGUGGAACUUGUUGAGAGGCUAUUGGAUCUUAUAAAGCCUGACUUGCAGUCUAAGCUGCAGAAAGAAGGUGCUGAAUCUGAACUAUUUUGGGAUAUAUUGGGUGGGAAAUCUGAGUACUCCAGCCAGAAGACUGCAAGGGAUUCUGAAAGUGACCCUCAUCUUUUCACAUGCACCUUCUCAAAGGGAGAUCUGGAGGUGACUGAAAUUUACAACUUCAAUCAGGAUGAUCUCAUGACUGAAGACAUAUUCAUCCUUCAUUGUCAUUCAGACAUUUAUAUCUGGGUUGGGAAACAGGUCGAGUACAAGACUAAAAUACAGGCUCUAACUAUCGGUGAGAAAUUUCUCGAGCAUGAUUUCCUUCUGGAGAGAGUAUCUCGCCAGGCUCCAAUAUACAUUGUUAUGGAAGGAAGUGAACCUCCUUUCUUUACUCGUUUUUUCAUAUGGGACUCUGAAAAAUCUGCUAUGCAUGGAAACUCAUUCCAAAGAAAACUUACUAUAGUGAAAAACGGGGGCACCCCAACAGUGGAUAAGCUGAAAAGGAGAACAGCUGUCUCAUAUGUGGGAAGAUCAUCUGCCCCUGAAAAAUCACGUUCUAGAAGCAUGUCAUCUAGCCCUGACCGAGUUCGAGUCAGAGGCCGGUCUCCUGCAUUCAGUGCCCUAGCUGCUACUUUUGAGAGUGCAAAUUCAAGAAACCUUUCAACUCCUCCACCCAUGGUCAGAAGGGUUUAUCCAAAAUCUGUAACCCCAGAUUCAGCAAAACUGGCUACCAAGUCAGCAGCCAUUUCAGCACUAAGUUCAAGCUUUGAAAAACAUCUUCCGCCCAGGGAUGUCGUUGUACCACGUGCUACAAAAGCAAACUCUGAAUCACCAACCUCGAGCCCUGGUGAACAAUAUUCUAAACGGACACCUCCCAGUGCUAGUGGAGGCGCGGUGCCCAAACCUAAACCAGAAACAAUUCAAGAAGAUCUAAAGGAGGGUGAAUGUAAAGAUGAUGAUGGACUUCCAGUAUAUCCUUAUGAACGGCUCAAAACGGCAUCAAGUGAUCCUGUUACUGAAAUUGAUGUAACAAAACGAGAGACAUACCUGUCCUCGGAAGAGUUUAGAGAGAAAUUUGGGAUGACCAAGGAAGCAUUCUAUAAGUUACCUAAGUGGAAGCAGAACAAGCUAAAAAUGACUCUUCAGUUGUUCUAAGGUAUACAAAACCUGUCUACAGCAGUCAGGCACAGUUUCAACUCGAUGACAGCAUCGGUUCAUUUUUUUAUAUAGCCGCAUAACGGAAUAGAAGAUCCUUUCAAUUCUUCAUUUCCAGUUGUCUAUUUUUUAUGGGUUGGUUACUUGAUAUUCUUUGUGGUUUUAUAGGUUUGUUGUUGGCUGUAAUUGUUUGUGCUUCAUUUUUUCCUUUACAUUCAAGCAUAUUUUAUACAAGCUACCCUAAAGCUUUCUUGUAUAUUAGGGUGUUUUUGGUAGAUUACUUGUAGUGAUGAUCCUUGUGGUUAUCUAGAUGUACCGGGGGUCGGGGAUCUAUAUAGCCAGUAUUUUUAUUGGUGGAAAUUUGCAAGAAACAGAGCCAUCAUCAUAGGUUGGUGAUGCAAAUAGAGUGUGCAGAAGUGUAAAACUAUAAACUACUCCGCGUGUUAUCGCUCGGUCAAUGAAGUUAGAUUAUUUGUUAUUAAUUCCUUUUGCCUCC